AUGUCGUUUAUAUUGAAGCACAAUGGUAACGAGCUUUUCUACCCUCGUGCAAAGGAAUUAGAUGCUGGCUUGUAUACGUGUGAAGCAGGAAACUACUUGGGAACAAUACAUCGCAGCUUUCUUGUAUCAGUUUAUGUUGCUCCAGUUGUAGUUCGUCAUCCUGCCAGUAUUCACUUCGAACCUUUCCUUAAACACUUUCAGCAUGCGGCAUUUUGGUGCGAAAUUUACGGGAUUCCAGAGCCUGAUGUCAAUUGGAAAAAGGAUGGAGUACCAAUCGAACUCACAAGAACUUCCUUUAGAAAGGGAAGGAGAUGGCUAAUAAUAAGAAAUGUGGUUAUCUCUGAUUUGGGGAACUACUCUUGCUAUGCCAACAAUAAACUGGGGCAAGCAGAGUCGGUUCCAGCUACGCUAUCGGCGGGGAAUUUUAUCCACGAUGGUUUCCUAUACUAUUCGAAGUUAAGAGUCCAUCCAAAUGUUAACAUAUUCGGACAUGUUGACAUUAAUAUUUUCUGCCGAUCAUGCGGACGAUACGCGUCGAGUACACGAGGAAAUAAUGCUUUAGUUAGCGUUUUUAAAAAUGGCAUCCGCAUAAAUACGUCAGCCGAUAGCCGAACCUUUCUGAUGCAAAAAACAAACGAAAUUAUAUUUACAAUUUUAUAUGUGACCGAAGCAGACGGCGGAAUAUACGAAAUUAAAGACAAUGUUGACAACACCUCUCUGUUUACAAUAAUUGACGUUCAAGUUCCACCAAACAACACAGUGAUCACAGCUACAAACGAUGUCUCGAAAAGUUUUGCUGACAAUAGAACAAUUGCUUGCCAAUCUGCUCUCGUUUACCCCCAACCAUCCUUUGUUUGGUACAAAAACGGAAUGACUCUAGACAACCAAUCCGAUAUGCAUGAAAUUGUUGACGGCCAUUUUACGAGUUAUCUGAUACUAAAAACCAACUCGAUUAUCCAAACUGCCGACACUUACAACUGCACUGCCACUAAUAACGCUGGAGAAAGUACUGCGAGUAUUACAGUGACUACUAAAGUAAAGAAUGGGUGGAUAGACUCUAACAGGGGGUCGCAAUGCAGUGUAUCUUGUGGUUCAGAAUUUGGUAUCAUACUUGUACAGCGGCAAUGCAUAAAGAGCCAAAGAAGAUGCAAAGGACAAUCAGUCUACACACAAACAUGUCAAGCAAACAAUUCCAGUCCGUUUCAUGAAGCUACAGCAUCAGUCACGACAACUUGGAUGUUAACUCAGAACAACCAAAAAACGACAAAAGCACCCACAGCAGCCGCGACAACUUGGAUGGUAACUCGAAGCAAUCAUGAAAAGACAAAAACAACAACAGCACACACGACAACAGAGACAUCAGCUCAAAACACUCAACAGACUACAAAUGACUAUAGAACUACUCCAGCUCCAUCACAAAAGUCUGAUUGCAUAUCUACUUCAGGCGCAACGUUAGCAAAAACUAAAGCAGCUACGCAAACUAGAAAAUUACCUCAAAUUCCUCAGACGACGGGAAAAGACAAUACCACUACUAUGGAUUCUUUACAUAUUUCGAUUCAUGUUACUAGUAGAAGCGCAAUAAAGACAACAUAUGACAGUAAACAAGGUCUGUCUCAAGGUGCUGUUGCAGGAAUAUCUUUGACAAUGAUAUUGAUCACAGCUGGUAUUCUUUCUGGAAUUGUUUUCUAUAUUAUUUGGCGCCGUAAUAAACAAAAACUACCGAACUCUGCCAGCAAAGACAAUACGUUGGCAAUCGUGCUUACAGAUAUGCCGAAUGACAAGAGUUCACACCAGAAAUCAAGUACGAGCAAAAAGGGGAAAGAAGAAAAGAAGUCAAUUAGUUGGAAAAUUCUUCUCUGCUGGCAAACUCAUAGCUCUGGACACUCAGGAAGUAAAGUGCAGCAGAAAAAUCCAUCUCGAUCUACCAAUCAAUGCAUUGACGAGAACCCUGCAUAUAUACCAACAAGUCUUGCGAUGGACGAUGCUGACGAAAAUCCUGCUUAUAUUGCAUCAAGACCUUUAAAAUGCUAUAUGCAAGAAACCCCGGCAUACCUUACACCAAGCUCCGUAGUGGAUACUGCAAACAAAAUCUCUGCAUACAAUGGAACAAGCUUUGCCAAAGACACAGGAGAAGAGAACCCUGCCUACGUUGCAACAAAUCCUGUUACAGCAAUAGAUAUUGUAGACGAAAACUGUGCAUAUAUUGCAACAAGUCAUGCAUUGGUCAAAGAAGAAGAGAACACUGCUUACAUUGCAACAAGGCAUAAAAACGACGAUUUGGACAAUGAUUACGAAGCACCAUGCCCAAUAUAUGAAGAUACCGAUGAUUGUUGAUUAGUACACGGUGUACCACAAUUGUUGUGUUGGAUUGUUACUUCUUCGACAAAGUCUGAUUUGAGUUGUUGUUCUAGAUGUGUUUGUUGUGUAACGUUAGAUUUGAGACGAAUACGACAUAUG